CCUAAAAUCCAAGCCGACGACAACUCUUUCCCCCCCUCCAUGGAGGACAACCAAGCGCAGCGACGAGACGUCCAAGAGCCCACCGCCGCCAAACCGGCGGAGGCUCCGGUCCCGGAGGAUGGCUCCGAGCGGGAGAAGCCGGUGGAAGAAGCAACAACCGGUGGUGAGAAAGAGGAGGAGGAAGCCUUCCUCGUCAGCCUCUACAAGUUCAUGAAGGACCGACACACGCCCAUCGAGAGGAUCCCCCACCUCGGCUUCAAGCAGAUUAACCUCUGGAAGAUCUACAAAGCCGUGGAGAAACUGGGAGCCUACGAGCUGGUGACGGGACGACGGCUCUGGAAAAACGUCUACGACGAGCUGGGGGGCAGCCCCGGCAGCACCAGCGCGGCCACCUGCACCCGGCGCCACUACGAGAGGCUGGUCCUCCCGUACGUGCGGCAUCUCAAGGGGGAGGACGACAAGCCUCUGCCGCCCAGCAAGCCCCGCAAGCAGUACAAGGUCUCCAAGGGCACCGAGACGGGGGAGAAGAGCAAGAGGGCCAAGAAGGAGAAGGGCCGGGAGCAGAUGCCUGCGGACAAGGCAAAGCCGGAGGCGGCAGCCGGCACAGAGGAGGCGAGGGACGCCCCGGAGCGGGGCCGGGCGGCGGAGGGAUGCUCCAGCCCGGCGGUCCCGAGCCCCAGCCUCGGGGGGUGUCCCGGCCCCUGCAGGACCCACACGGAAACCUACAAGCGCCUUUUCUCCAGCUUCUACUCCAAAGGCAACCACCCCAUCAUGUCUCCGUUGGCCAAGAAGAAGCUGCUGGCCCAGGUGAGCAAGGCGGAGUCCUUGCACUGCCACAAACGCCACUGCCCCGAGGGCCGGCGGGUGGCGAGCGACGCCGGCCCCAGCCCCGAGCCCCCCCGGCCGACCACCGGCCCCCAUCUCCGCGAGCAGAGGAGCCCGGAGCCGGCGGGAGCUCAUCAGGAUACAGCUCCGGGCAUGGGGAGCGAGGUGGGAUCCAUCCCCAGCGCAUCCCCCGGCGGGAGAGACAGCCAGCCCUGCCCGCGGGCCGAGGACGGGUGUCCGGCGCCCGUCUUCACCGGCUGCUUCCACGCCUACCGCAACGAGGUGCUGAAGCCCGUCAGCUGCCAUCCCCUCUGGGGCUAUUUCUCCAGCUUGAAGGAUUUUUUGGAGCCGUCUUCCGCCUUCCCGUCGCAACCCGAAGAGCCGGAGCAGCCCCAAGACCUGCGGAACAAAGCGGGCCAGCCGUGGAACGGGGAGAGCCGGCGAGCGGCCGCCUGCGCCGCCGUCAAAGCCUGCUGGGUGCCCCCCGGGGCCGGCUUCGCCCCCGCCGCGCCCAGGGGCAAGCGCGGCCGGGAGGAGGAGACGGCUUUCGGCCCCAGCGCCAAGUUACGAGCCAUCUCCCCCUUCAUCAAGGAGGCCGACGGCAGGGACACGGGCGCCGGCUCGCCCAGGGGCCAGCAAGGGUUGGCCAAACCCAAGGCGGUGGUAGCCAGCCCUGGCUACGCCGCGCCGCUGCCGCAAGCCCCGGACGUUUAUAAGGGAGCGAUGCUGCAUUUUCCGGUGAGCUUCGGCGACCCGCUGGAGCACCUCAAAACCCAGGGGGUACCGGUGGCACCGUCCCUCUCCGUCAACCCCUUCGUCAUCCCCGCUUUCCCUAGCCCUUUGGUAGCCGCCUCCACGCAGCCCUCCGAUCUGUGCCGGCCGCUGGCGACCGGCCCCGGGCACUACCCGGCCUCCUACGAGAGCUCGCUGCGGCACCGGCUCUACCCGGCGGCGGCGACGUGGCAUAGCCAACCCACCUACGCCUCCCCGCACACGCCGGCCUUUCACCACCACGCCAAGCUGUAGCCCUUCCAUCCCGCUCCGGAUCGGCCUCGUUCCCUAUGGAGAAGGGAGGCAGCCGGGAUGCCGCAGUAGCUGAGGCCGGGCAACGAGGCGCGUGCCGGAGCCGGUCACCGCUUCAGAGCCUGCGGCAAAGGGACUAAGAGGAGACAAUCGGGACUGUGUCAUUUUUACUCUUGAUCUUAGAGCUGUUUGUAUCCAGCAUCGUUACACCGGUGACUUAACUACCAAUAUCACAAGGUUAUAUAUAUAUAUUAUAUAUAUAUAUACAUACACAUAAAAAAAAAAAAAUGAGGGAGCAAAAUGAGUUGCGGAGGUUUCUAUUUUGCUAGAGACGCCAUGCCCCAGCGCGGUUUCGCGUGAUAUGGCAAGGAGACUGAGCCAGGCGAUGGUUAUUCCCAUCCCGCCGCGCCCGGGAAGCUCGGCGACUCCCCGCUCCAGAGCCCUGGCUGGCUCACACCACGCAAAGCAAUUUUGGUUUUUCAUUACGUUGCCUCCGUCCGGGGCUCCGGAGGUUUUUUUUUAGGGGUUUGGGACUGCAGCGAGCGGCUGCUGCGUUUGGUGUCUGCUCGGAAAGCGCUCCGGCCGCUCGGCUCGCCGCCGGCUCCGCACCUCCAAGAGCCGCGGCGGCUGAGCCGGUGGCAAAGGCAGCGCCCGAAAUAAAACUGGCUGGAUGGUCCCGA